CCCCAAUCGCCGAUUCGCACGGAUUCGCGCGGGAGCUCGAAUUAGUUUGGCCAUGGUUUCAAGGAGCCAGCCUGAGGGCAUAGAUAUGUCUGACAUGACCAUGGCGGCUGAUCCCGCUCCCGACCCUGAACGAGGUCAGCCAAAGAAGCUGCAGGGGCCAAUGCCGCGCCACGUCUGGGAGCAGCGCGCGCCGCCACGGUGGCGGCUCUGCGGCAUGCACAUGGAGGAGGAGGCCGAGCUCGUGCACCGCGCCGCGCGGAGGAUGGAGGGUUUGCGGCUCUGCCUGCAGUUCCAGCUGGUGAUGGGCCUCACAUUGCUGCUGGCAGGCAUGCUGCUGUCGGCAUACCUUCACGAGCCCUUGCUGCGGGUCCCUGUCCGGUGCUGGGAAGACACCUUCGGGCCUGUCAGCAGGAUCUGGCACUUUGAGCCGCCCACCUUGGAUAGGCCCAGAUUCGAGGAGCCGCAGAACUUCUGGCGCCCCGUGACUUUUGGAGCCGCCAGCUUCCCCGGCCAGGCGCAGGAUCUGGCCUUUUCUGCUUGGAACUGGACGGUGACCGGGCUCUACAAAGGCCCCUGGUAUCUGCGCUUGGUGUCUCUGGGGAUCCUGGCUCUGGGCUCGCUGCCCUUCUGCUUCGUCUACGGCGGGCCCUGGGAGGUGAAGUGGUGCUGCGAGAAGUACUUGAUGUAUAUGCCGGAGCAGAUGCUGAUUCUCCACCAGCUGAAGGUGGCGCACGAGGUCUUCGGGCGAAAACUGAGCGCCGAGGCGGAGGCGGAGUUGGAAGCCUUCAUGGAGUGGAAGAAUGCGAACCUCUGAAUCUCUGAAAAUCGGGGGGCUGGGGGUUCUCCAAAAGCCGGGGACCCCGAAGACCCCUUGUUGGAUGGCUUUUGAACCAAACAUUUCAAGCGAACCUCUGAAUCUCUACCUGGACUCUCCUUCUGACCCUUA